UUUUGUUUUUUGCCUUUAUUUUGUGAGGGUGUGACGGGUGUGCUUGUGUUUGAGCCACCGAGGCGGGUUUGAGGCUGAAAGUGACACCUCGCAGACUGACGCGCGUCCGCGGUCUUCCAGCGGAGCGCCGACGCGGGAACAAGUCGCGCUGUUCGCAGUACGAUGGCAUUUGCCGCCGGAGCGACCGCGCGUCGAGUCGCUUCUCCGAUCGUCAAAGAAGACGCAAAGUGACGGCGACAUGUGGCGAGUUGCGUGAGGGAGGAACAAACGAGAGAUUUCAGAUGUCCACCAUGUCAGCCAAUGGGAGCUCAGAAACAGCUUACGGGUCAGAGUUCGGCCCGAGCAACAACACCGGCAGCCGGAAGGAAAUGUCCAUCGUCGCCUCCGGCGUCUCCAUGACUGUGGGCAUCUUCUCCAACGGCCUCGCGCUCUUCAUCCUCCUCAAAUCCUACAACCGCAUCCAGAUCAAGUCCAAGGCGUCCUUCCUGCUGUUCGCCAGCAGCCUGGUGGUCACCGACCUGCUGGGUCACCUCAUCAACGGCUCCCUGGUGAUCCUCGUCUACGGCUUCCACAAAGAGUGGGAGACGUUCGACCCCCACGGCAUCACGUGCAGCGCCUUCGGGGCGUGCAUGGUGUUCUUCGGCCUGAGCCCCUUGUUCUUGGGCAGCGCCAUGGCGGUGGAGCGCUGCAUCGGCGUCACCAGGCCCAUCUUCCACUCCACGGCGCUGGCGUCCUACCACAUGAAGCGGCUGCUGGCACUCACCUGGCUGCUCGCCGCCCUGGUGGCGGUGCUGCCCGUGCUGCUGUGGAGGCCCUACAAGGUUCAGAGCUCCAGGAGCUGGUGCUUCUUCCACAUGGAGGGACCUAAAGACUGGCUGGACGUGCUCCUUCCCUUGGUCUUCUCCGUCCUGGGGCUGAUGGCCCUGAUGCUCUCCAUUGUGUGCAAUGCGAUGACGAGCUGUGCUCUCCUGCGGGCCCGACUGCGCCGCAAGCACCACUGUCGAGGCACGUCCUACCACAUAGAGAUGAUCUGCCAGUUGCUGGGUAUCAUGUUGGUGUCCUGCGUGUGUUGGGGCCCAUUGCUGAUCCGCGUCAUCAUGCUGAGCACCAGGGCCAAAGACGAGCCCGCCUCCUUCAGCCUCCUGAUGGUGGUGCGUAUGGCCACGUGGAACCAGAUCCUGGACCCCUGGGUCUACAUCCUGCUGAGGAAGGCCAUCCUGAGGAAAAUGUUCACGCUGCUCCACGACUGCUGCGGUCCAAAGUCUCGCUUCGCGCAGCGCUGGCAGCGCAGCGUGCUCCGCAGCUCGCUGGAGACCAGCAACUCGGGCUUUGGUCCGACCGACUGCCGCCUCCUCGGUAGAUUACCGGAGACUGCGAUCAAGUCCGUCGCCUGAGGCCUGAGGUCACGCGAGAUGAUAUGACCACAUCAUUUGAGAAAAGGAAAACGGAGUAAGCUAUGAAGUUGUGCAGAGCUUUGUUGGAAUACAGACAAUCAAAGUUACUGGAUAUGAACUACCAUUAUAAAGGCAGUUUUCCAGCUCUCUUUGCUUAAUGGAAAAUAUGAUCUGUUAGUCAUGUGCUCUAUUGUGUAAUGUGGGAUUCAUUUUUUGUUGUUGUGGCAAUACAAGUGGGUUUACAAUUGUAAUUGAAUUGUUUUCAGCAUUUAGUUUUGUCUUUUAUACUUUGUCUUUGGGCUUCAAAUUUGAAGAAUUGUCGUUUUUGUUCCAUUUUGAGCGUGUAUUCAAGUGGAAAAGCUGUAAUACGGCAUCACUGCUCUGGGCAUAACGCCACAGAGAGUUAAAAUACUUAAAUAUAUACUGUAUAUACAUAUGUAUUGCGAUACUUCAGCAGCCCUUAUAAGUUCAUUGACCAUUGUGUUUCCUUUUUUUGGUGAUGGAGAGUGACUUAACUGACAUCUAUUUAAAUGAAAAUAGUGCUACUUUUUCACCCCUGUGUUACUUCACGGUGUCUGUGUACAAAAUGAGUUUGAAACAUUCCCAGUGCUCAAAAAAUAUUGCUUCCAGGUUUGUUCUGUCACUCCUUUAUUGAAUUUUUUGUUAAGGAUUUUUACUGUGCUUAGUUGUCUUUUGUUAUUGCUGACAGAAGCCACACUUGGAUUCAAUCAGCUUCUGGACAAUGUCAGAUCUCUAAAUGUAUCUGUAUUAUUAUGUGAACAUGUAGAAUGCAGUAGACGAAUGUUUGUAGCAGGAUGCACAAAAUACUGUAACUGAGCUCAUGAUUUAUUACGAUCCAGUCUAUAGAAAUACUAGAUGACGAUCGCAGUUUGAUGAAAUGUAGCAUCUGUCCAUCUACUGUAUCAGACAGAGCAGUCGGUCAGUGGUCCACUCAUGCGUUGGAAGCACAUCAUCUCUGUCUCGUAAAAUCUAUGUGAACAUUUUCUUUGGGAUAUACUGUGUAAUAUAGGUGGAAAUUAAAAAACUAAGCAAAAUGACAAAUGUUGUCAUAGGUGAUGAUCAGGGUCAUAUGUGUUAGGUCGAAGUCAAGAGUGUGGCAGCAAGAUAAAUAAAGACAUUCUAUGAGUCCAUUUCAACCUAUUUCUAACUAUUAAAUGCCAAAUAAUUACA